AUGGACAACUCGACCGCGAUCGGUGUCAUGGUCGAGGACGUCAUGACGGUUGGAGACGAACUCGCGGGCGCGAAGAUGAUCUUUGGGUGCGGCUGCCUCGUCGAGGCGAACGGCGAGGCUGACAGGUACGAUGGCAUGGCUGGUUUCGGCCGCGGCGAGACGACAUUCCACACACAACUCGCGAGAACAGGGGUCAUCGACGCAGACGUCUUUGGAUUCUGCUCCGAAGGCGCCGGGACGAAUACGGCGAUGUUAUCUUUGGGUCGCUACGAUUUCGGGCGCGAUUUAUCACCGCUAUCGUGGACGCGCAUGUUGGGCGACGACGAUUUAGCCGUUCGCACCAUGUCGUGGAAGCUCGGCGCGAAGAUCAUCGCCGGGUCAACCAACGUGUAUACCGUUCUCGAUAGUGGAACGACGUUGGUCGUGCUCCCACCCGUCAUGUACGGCGACUUCAUGAAGGAGUUACUCGACCGAAUCGUUGACUUGAACGCGACAUAUUCCGAUGUACACGUGUUCGAGGAUUACUCUUUCAGCACAUUUUGCUUCUACUCGAAAUCAGGCGCGCUGACGAACGACAUCAUUCGCGACGCCCUUCCAAAGCUCACGAUCACGUAUGAUCCAGACAUCGCGCUGGUAUUACCGCCAGAGAACUACCUCUUCUCCAGUUGGAUAGUCCCCCGCGAGCACUGUAUCGGCAUCAUGAAAGGCGCCGAAGGCCAAAUCAUACUCGGCCAGCAGACGCUGCGAAACACGUUCGUGGAGUACGAUCUCGAGAACGAACGAAUCGGUCUCGCCGUGACGCACUGCGAGAACCUUCGCGAGAAGCACGCCCCGGACGGGCCGACGCGCGACCCGUGGCGCUUCGUCGCCGUCGUCUUCAUCCUCCUCUUCUCCACCUCCGUCGUCGGCACCGCGGUCCUCGUCGCGUGGCACCACAAACGUCGAGCCGGGAAAGAAUUUACAUGGCGCGUCCUCGACGACGCCGAGCUCCUCGACCCCGAGAUCGAGCUCUCCGACGUCGCGCGCGCGUGA